AUGGGUGGCCGCGAUCCAGAAGCUGGGGGAAAUAUGCAAUUCUUCGACUAUCACCUUGGUGAAUGCGCCACUGGUGGCCAGUUUGCAGACUCAUAUGUGAUGUACAGUGAGGUUCUUAAGGUGUUUGCAAGUUUCGUGGACAGCACCAUCAAAUACGAGGACUCUCUCCCAGCUACCAACCACAACCACAACAGAGACGCUGAAUGCAACUUGGCAAGUGAGGGUUCAGAUACUGAGGCGGAUGGGGAUCACACUGGCAAAAGUACUGCUGCUGGAAUAGAGGAGUCAAACACGCUUUAUCAGUUGACUCCGAAUGAGUAUAAUGCAUCACAAGACAAGUGUAAUGCAUCACACGCAGAGUUGAACUUAGUCUCUUCAAUGGAUGGGCUUAGUCAGGACUUAAGCUUACAUAAUACACAUGACUUACAUACGCAGCUGUUGGACUUUGACUACAAUAGUCUCCAACCUGUGGAUUAUGAAGCUGUGAUGCUCUCUCUUCUGGAGAUGUCUAGCAUGGAUUCAGAGGGUGCUAGUUCACAUCUGCCUUUUCUACCUCCUGUAGAGCAUGAGGUUCCAGUUCCUCCAUUCGUCUGGCCUACUCCAUAUGUCUGGCCCACACCUCCCACGCCCCUUGCUUUUCAGCCAGAUGUGGGGCUCCAUGGGUCUCAGCCUCCUGUGACCAUCGAAGCUCUUACUCAUACUCAAAUGCCUACACCUCCUGCUCCCCCUGCAUUGCAACCACCACCUUUAGCACCUGCAAUGCCCAGACCUACUUGUCCCUCUACUGUUGCACCAGAUACAGCAAUCCCUGUGCCUGAGGCUCAACCCCCGGUGAGAAUUGAAGCUCUUGGUCCUACUCCCCCUGCCACAUCUCAGGCUUCUGAGAUGCCUAGACCUCCUCUUGCUGGAUCUCAGACAGACCCAGCGGUACUUGGGCCCCAGCCUCCUGUGACCAUUGAAGCUCCUGCUCAUACUCCCUCUGCAAUGCCUAUACCUCCUGCUCCCCCUGCAUCUCAGAAGGCACCUACCUCUGAACCUUGUGCUCCCUCUGCAUCUGAGCCAACACCAGCACUUUCUGUGUCAUCUGUGUCGGCAACUGAGCCUCUUCCGCUCACAGUGUCUCAGCUCAUUGCUCACCAUGUUGAAGAUGAGCAGCCUGGUGCUCGGCAUACUGGUAGGGCGUGCUGA